CCUGUCUCAGAUCCGUCCCCGCUUCUCAGAUCGGAGAGACGUCCUCCCUGUCUCAGGUCCAGAUCGCUCUCUUCCUCCUCUCUCUCCUCCGCCAAAUCGUUUUAGAUCUCCGUUUCCGCGCCCUCAUUCCUCCCGAUCUCUUCGAUCCCCAUGAGAAUUGUGGAUCCGAUCCGUAGAUCCUGACGCUCACCCCGCGCGUCGUCUCCUCGUCGAUCCAGGGGAUCUCGCCGCGGCCAUGGCGGGCGCCGCCGGAGGCUUCGUCACGCGCUCCUUCGAGUCCAUGCUCAAGGAGUGCGCCGCCAACAAGAAGUACGCUCCGCUUCAGAAGGCCAUCCAAACAUGUCUCGAUAAUAUGAAGGAGACAAAUCAAGUGCCACAGGCUGAUGAAAAGGAUCAGACUGGUGCUUCGGCAGCAGAUCAGAGAGUCGACAGUGAUGAAGCUGUCAAGGGGGAAUAUACUGAGGGGGGUCUGCAGCCCGGAUCAGCAACUGAGGAAGGAACUGCCAUCCCAAAACCUGUGGAGAACUGCGAACCGAUCACAUCAGCUUUAGCGUGUGCUGGCCGCAUCUUCUCCUUAUUAUCUUCAUAUUUGACUUGUAAUUCCAUAGCUGCUGAACUUUGGAAAAGUAAUUGUGCUGUUACUAAUACUUUGCCUUAUUUUCUUGGGAACUUAAACAUGGGUAGCCUAUUCUUUUCCAUUGUAGGGUUGUUAAAUGGGUGGGCUACAACUGAUGCUCAGCUGUAA